AUGCCACCGCUAUCUUCCACGAACUUGGGCACCAAAAAUGAGUCCGCCUCACAGGGCCCAAGCAAUCCGCCUAUCCCACGACAGCGUACCCUAGAUAAGAUUUUCAGCCGACCGGGUAGCAGCAUAACACCGACUUCUUCUGCUUCAGUCGCUCAGUCAAAGCCGAGGACAUCAACAGCUCAGCCAGCGCCGCGGUCCUCGUUUGCCGUAGUUCUUCCAUCGAGUCCUAGCAAGCGUACAGGAACGACGCCGAUGAGGACAGUCGAGGACGAUGCGGACGACCUGGUGAUAUCGGAUCUAUCACCCCAAUUCAGAAGACUAGCAGCUCAGGCAAAAGUAGGCGUGAGCCUCGCCAAGCCAGUCUUACCGAGAGCCGUCACAGAUGAGCCAGAAGAGCCAGAGGUGACUUCACUAGGGGCAGCGACUCCUCCACCGCAGCGUCGCAAGCGCGGCCGACCAAAGGGCUUUCGACCAAAUCUGAUGGGCAAGAAAGCAUCACAGGAGGCCGGCGAGGCAGGGCCUAGAAAGCUGCGGUCGGAUAGGCCCAAGACAGGCGCCCUGUACGCGGGAAAGCGGCGAGGUCGACCGCCAAAGGCAGCUUCACCCAAGCCGCGAGACAUCUAUAAGAGUCUUAACCCGCAUUUCAACACGUACAUCUGUGAGUGGGAGGGUUGUCGGGCCGAGCUUCACAAUUUUGCGACUCUGCAAAAGCAUGUGUCGAUUGUUCAUACCAAAACGGUAGCAGCUGGAUGUCGAUGGGCCAAGUGUGCCCAACAGCAGCCGCCUCGCGAAUUCUCCACACUGGCGGACCUCAAAUAUCACGUGGAGGAUCUACACAUGCUUCCAGUCGCCUGGCAGGUAGGGGACGGGCCGCAAGUGUCGUUCAAGCGAUACGACCCCGAUGAUGGGACCAAGCUCCCUGACUACCUUUUUGACAAGGCCGGCAACCAAGUCACACCGUCAAUCAAGGAUCAGAAGGAGGAAGACUUGUACACGUGGCGCAACAACAGGCGGAAACUCAAGGAUCUUCUGCUUCUUAGGGAUCAGAACAUGCCGAGCGAGGAGGACGACGCAAUGGAGGAUGUGGCCGAAGGAGUAUGA